AUGGGCGCGGUGCCGAUCGACCGCAAGAUCGUGGCCAAGCCGACCGAUUUGUUCGUGUGCAGGUUCAAAGAGGGCUACGAGGAAAACAUCAGCCUGGCCAGACUCCGGCAGCUGGGGGCUUCCUUCAGCUUCACCCGAGCCCCCAUCACCGCUGCCGCUUUCACAAGUGCCGUCUCCGGCGGCCUCGCCAAUCAAGGGCCGGGCGGCGGGAGGAGGUUCGAGGGGCCGGUGAAGCCGGGGGCACAGCGAAUCCUCGACGCGAUGAGCAUGUCCAGCCUGUGGAACCACAAGAUGCGGGGGGGCGUGGGGCCGUCAGCAAAAGGAGAGACGGUGGUUUCGGCGAGCAUUCACGACGACGCUGAGCUGACGGUACACGAAGCUUUGAGGCUGCUGAAGAGCAUGAAGGAACAAGGGCGGGAGAUAGGCGUUAGCUUUUGGGAGUCCCCCGAGCGAAAGUGCCUCAACGAGUGCACGCUGCCCCUUCCGCCGUCCGUCCUGGCGCAACUUGCUGAGGAAGACGCUGCCGCCGCCGCCGCCGCCGCCGCCGCUAGCGGUAGCGGUAGCGGUAGCGGCACGGGCUUGACGAAGGGGAGGGUGGGCUGCGGAAAGCAAGGCUUGCAGAAACAGCACCCGGGAGGCGUGGUUCCGGUCUGGCCAAAGAUACCUGGAGGGUGGGCGGAGCCAAGGCACUGCCACACCGCCCCUCUCGUCGUCUGGGCGACCGGCCCUUCAAGGGCUCGCGUCAGGGCGAAGGGAGAGUUCGUGGAUCACUGCUCGGCCGCCAUGCUCGGGUCCUCGCAUUUCCCUCCUGGGGCAGAGCUGAUGCUCAUGGACGGCUUUCUGCAUGGCACCGGGGUGUUGGAGAAGCACGCCGUGUUCCAAAGGUACAGGCGGCGACCGUGGGCUCAGCUUUCCCCCGAGGAUGCCCCUGGGCUGCAAGGUCCGGCUAAGUUGCCUCCGGGGGCGACGACAAGGCUCCAGUGGAAGAAGGACGGUGCCGCCGUGGGCACGGCUCCGUGGACGGCGGCUCUCGACAGCACCACCAACGAGGAGCGCAAGACCUCCACGCCUGAGAUACCAACCACCACCACCGCCGCCAAUGCCACCCGCGCGCCCCCCCCGGGAGCAACGGCAACCGCGGGUAUGCAGCAGCAGCAGCAGCAGCAGCAGCAAGGACCACACUUCCGCGCGUGCAUCGUCUGCCAGCGCCCGGGCACCGACAGCAACGGCGCCGCCGUCGACGGGCCGGCGCCCCCGUGUCUCCCGCAGGCCCGUGGCCCGGCCGCUGCGGGGCCGCUGCUCCUGUGCAGCACGUGCCCGGCGGCCUUCCACCUAUCCUGCCUCCGACCGCGCCUCCGGAAGAUGCCGGAGGGCACCGGCGAAGGGGGGUCGGCGAAGUGGAGCUGCGCGUACUGCCACGCGAUGGGGAGGGUGGUCGGGGGAGACGCGGACGGGGCCUGCGGCGCGGUCCGGCUGAUGGAGAGCCUCCGGCAGGGGAUGCACGGAACUGUGCGGGUCAAUGCCAUGCGAACUCUGAGGUACAACGCCCUCGGCUGA